AUGACAAUUCCGGUGAAUGAUGCCGCUUCAGAAACUCUUUAUAAUUCAUUCAACGGAAGCACAGUUAGACCAACUAAUUUAAGAAUAGAUACAACUCAAUCUUAUGUACUUGACCCUGGUCAUAAAAAGCAAAAAUCAAAAUCUUUCGAAGUGGAUCUUAAUCAACAAGUUAACACUCAAUCCUCUACAAUGUCGUCUCUUUUACCUGUUAGCUCUUAUACAUACCAUGGAUUUGAUUCAACGAUAGUGCCAGCAGUGUAUCGAAAUGAUUAUUAUGCUCGAAUGGCAUUUAUAAAUGAAAAGAGACGUCUUCGUAGAGAAGUACAUAAUGCUGUUGAACGUCGUCGAAGAGAUAAUAUUAACGAAAAGAUCCAGGAAUUAUGUGCUCUUAUACCAGAUAAUUUUCUUUACCGUAGUUCUACUGACAAACCAAAUAAAGGUGUGAUCCUCCGCAAAGUAGUAGAAUAUAUCAAACAUCUUCAACAACUGAUAGGCGAACAACAAUCACACAAUAUAGUCUUAGAAAAUACAGUAAUGGAUAUGAAGCCUGAUAUGUACAAUUCAAAUUUGAAUAAAUUAUCACAAUGUAACAGUCUUGAUGAAUCGGUAACCAAUGGAUUCAACAUCCAAAAUAAUAAUACAACACAAAAUAAGGCUAGUCAGAACAACAACAUUAUUACUAGUA